GAGGUACGGCGUGCGAAAAGACGGCGGUGGGCCUCGCUGUGGAGGCAGCAAACAUUCAUCGCCACCCACGCGGCUCGCCCAUCCCGUUCGUUUUGCCGCGCUCAACCGACGAACCGCCGAGGCGUUACGCUUCGAUCGCAAAGUCCGGACAGCGAGGCGAGGAGGGAAGGUCCGCGGUUGCUGGCGCGCGACAACGGACGAGAAGGGAGCGGGAAUGGGCUUCACAUAGGUCAUGACAUCGAAUUUUUGGCAGUCGUCGCAGUGCAACCACUGGCUCCUCUCUCGUCGACAAUUAGCCAUUGCGAGGUCCGAAGACCUACAAUAUGCUCGCAAUGCAGAGGAGCUCGCUGCUCUUCGCAUCUGGUUCACAAACUGUAUUUGCUCGUUGACGAAGCGUCUCUCACUCCGACAAAGGAUCACGGCGACGGCUAUCGUCUUCUUCAACCGCUUCUAUUCGUGCUCGCCCGCCAACAGCCUCAGCUCGACUGAUCCAGCCCUUGUGGCGACUGCGUGCGUCUAUGUGGCCUCCAAGGUCGAGGAGACGCCCGUCCACAUCCGCAACAUCGUCUCCGAGGCGACAAAGAUGUGGAAUAGCCUGGGCUACUUUGCUUUUCCAGCAGAGGUGACGGACGUGGCCGAGAUGGAAUUCUACCUGCUGGAGGACCUCCAAUUCCACCUCGUCGUGCACCAUCCUUACAAGAGCCUGAUCACAAUCGCUACGGCGGCAGGAAAGGGCAGGAGCAUGGUCGACUUUGAGAAGAAGCGGCUUUCGUCAAAGGGCGCCGGAGGAGCUGCUGCAGCAGCUCAAGCGGGUGGAGUUGGGCUGGGGCUGUCGACACCGCUGCCCAUUUCGCUCGACUCGAGCUCUCUUGGGCCCUCGAGCGAUGCUUCUAAUCUCUUCGAUGCCGACCUGGCCUAUGGCACACCGGGCACCAGCGCAAAUGGGGCAACAAAGGCAGCCGACAUGGACAAGGUAGCUCAGAUGCGAGCUCUGGAACAAACAAUCGAAGAGAGGAACCGUAUGAUGCUUCAUCAGGGCGACGAUGGCAUGCCCAUCGCCCGCCUGGAGGAACUCGACGAGCAGGCUCUCCAGAUGGCCUGGUUCCUGCUCAACGACACCUAUCGCACCGACGUCAUUCUCCUCUACCCGCCUCAUCUGAUUGCCAUCGCGUCCAUCUUUCUUGCUCUUGUCCUUCACGACUCGAGCCGCACGAAGAUGCUCAGCAGCAAGCGGUGGAUGGACAGCCGGAGAUCGAGGUACGAAGCGAUGGUGCGAGGCCAAGGCCCAUCAGAACUCCUUACAAAACCACCAGUCCCAGCUUCCACGCCGACGGCUUCGGCGAGCGAAGGCGCUUCUGCCUCAAGCACAAUGCCCGGAAAGACAGCCUCGACGCCGAGACCAGGUGCUGGGAACAGCGCCACUUCUCCCUCUGCUUCGUCGGGCGCGACCCCUUCAAAUGCCCCUCUCCGUCCUCAUGCCAAUAGCAAUCCCUGGCGAUCGUCCGCACAAAGACCAGGCAACAGCAGUAGUCAAGCCCAGACUGCCACGACACCAUCCACGGCUGCUUCGCCCGCAACGGCCUCGACGCCGUACGAUACCCCACGACAAGCGCUCGAUGCCUCCCCUGCUCCAUCUCCCAUCGACCAGGCUUCGCCUGCGACGGCGCCCCCGCUCCCUCCUCAUGCAGCCGCAGCAGCGCAGCAGCCUCCACCGCCAAAGGAGCAAGCGCCGCUGCCACCGCCGCCAGCCCCGCCGCCCGACGCAAUGACAUUCCUGGCUACCCUCAAUGUCGACCUCAGCCUCGUGGGCGAGGUGGUACAGGAGAUGCUCAGCCUCUAUGCGCUGUGGCAUCGCAUCGGCGCUGAAGCUGGGGCUGGGGCUGGGGCUGGUGCCUCGUCGUCGGGAGGCGCAGAGCAGGACGACAUCGGGCCAAUUGACAUUGCAGAUGGCUCGGCGAUGCUCAAGCGUCUCAACCGCAUGCGCGAACGGAGGUUCCAGGACCUCGCCCAGACUAGACCUUCAGCGUCCUAGAAGCUACUCAUCCUUUCUACCACUUCCUGUGCUCACGGUCACGCAGAGCUGGGCAUCUUGAUGUGCAAUGUG